AUGGCUGCGUCGCUUCUCUUCGAGACCGACAUCAGGCACCGGUCCAUGGCGGAGGAGGAUCCGAACGGGAAUGAGCACGGGGCGGCUGCACGCAGCGCGGCGCCUCGCUGGGGACCGCAGCACGCCGGGGCCCGGCAGCUCGCAAGGCUCUACUCUCCCGGGAAGCGGCUCCAGGAGUGGGUGUGUGUGAUUCUCUGCUUCUUCCUUUUCAUCAUCAACUUCUCCUUCCUCCUCCUGCACUUCUCCGCCGUUCACAUCUACAAGAUCAUCCUCGGCAUCGUCCUGGGAAUAGUGACGGCAGACUUUGCAUCGGGGAUGGUACACUGGGGGGCGGAUACCUGGGGAUCUGUGGACAUCCCUGUUAUUGGCAAGGCAUUUAUUCGUCCAUUCAGGGAGCACCACAUCGAUCCAACCGCCAUCACUCGCCACGACUUCAUUGAAACCAAUGGCGACAACUGUAUGAUACCCAUCCUUCCACUGGCUCACAUGGCCUACAAGUUCCUCACAUACACACCAGAGGCCCUGACGGCGUCCUACCCCUGGGACUGCUACGUCUUCGCCCUGGCGGUUUUCGUGACGCUGACCAAUCAGAUUCACAAGUGGAGCCACUCCUACUUCGGCCUCCCGCGCUGGGUCACGCUGCUCCAGGACUGGCAUCUGGUGUUGCCACGGAAACACCACCGCAUCCACCAUGUCUCACCGCACGAGACAUACUACUGCAUUACUACAGGUUGGUGUAACUAUCCUCUGGACCGGCUGGGCUUUUGGAGACGAAUGGAGGAAUUGAUCCAACAACUUACAGGGCAGAAACCACGAUCUGAUGACCUGGCGUGGGCCAAGAAGACCGACAGAUGAACAUUCAAAAACACAGACGGACGGAUGGAUGGAUGGAUGGAUGGAUGGGCUUGCGAAUGCAUACAUAGAAACAGGGACGGAUGGGGGAAAUCACACGCACGCACACACACACAUUUUAACGAUUUAAGUACAGUAUUUAAGUCCACUCGAAGGGAACUAUUUACAGGGACAUAAAUAUUAUAGAUGCAGUUAAACACAUAGACAAAACCAUGGGCCAUUGGCAUACAGCAGGUCUUCAUAAUAUUAAGCACACACACACACACACACACACACACACACACACACACACAGAUUUGACUCAUGUCUCUGUGCUUCUUGCUUUUUUUUGCUAAAGAGCAAACAUUCAAAGAAACCUUUUGGGGUUAAAAAACGUCUACCAAGCUUUGAGCGUGCGAGGUGAAAACAUUAGCAGAUCAUAACCUAACUCUGCUGUAACAGCCAAUCGGCUUGUAGUCCUGUUUAACCAAUGACGUGUUGUGGUGUGUAGGUGUAGGAGGUUUCUGGAGGUUGGGCUCUCCAGGAGGGACACCGCGCUGCCUGUUGCAGGCAGCUUCUUACACCACACACACAUACAUACACACAUGCACACACAAACCAGUAUGAAAGUCAGAUGUUCAGUCACUGUCUCUCCUGACUUCUUCUUGUCUGUUUUUUUCUAGCCCGUCCUAGAAACGUCACCGCCCUCUUUGAAUUCUCAUGACUGUUUCCUCACACACAAAGGUGAAAAUUUGAUAAUUGUGUGCUUUGGAUAACACAUUCAGACCGGUAUAACUCCCCUCUUUUGUGCCUGUGCUUGAUUAUCUCCACAGGCAAGACAAGACUUUUAGAGGACAAACGUGUAAAAAAAAAAAAGAAAAAAAGGUUUGAUAAAAUACAUACUGUAGCUUCCAUAAUAACUUAUAGCACUAAUAUAAAUAUGCCAGCAGUCAAGUUGCAGAUGCAGACUUAACGCAUGUGCAACUAAAUCAUGUCAUCCAGUUUUGGUACGUUGUUAACAGCACUUUCUAUUCACCCUACGUGUGCUUUGACAAACCGUUGGACUUUCUCUUGUUCAGACAUUUCCCAUAGAUCUUAUUGUACAUAAACACGCUCGGAGUAGUCCCGCUAUUUGUAGCUUUAGGAAUACGAAGGCUGUGUACAAACGUUUCUAAAUGAACGCACGGUAUUUACUGCACACAAACUAAUCCGUACAAUCUCUUUGACUCCUCCGGAAGCAGUUAUAAGGAGGUUUCAUUAGAAGCUAUGUUUUACUUGAAUCCAGAUGAGUUCCAAAUUUUUGUCAUAGUAAAGAAGCAUUUAAUCUCUUUGCACUUUCAUGCAAAUUAAAGAGGCAGCCAGAUGUUUUCCUUUUUUCUCUUUUGUGAAUUACAAUUUAAGUGAGGGAGGUGUCCACUACAAAAUGAAGGCAACCGUGCGUUUCUUGGCAGGCAGAGUAAGGACACAGUUGAACUUGUAACUUGUGGUUUAGAAGAGUGUGUCAUCACAAUGCAGAAACAGAGAAAGUUUGGAUGACAGGUUGAUGUUCUUAUAUAAACUCAAAUCUCUUUCCUCCAUUUUAACAUUAAGUGGCACAGACCGAAGCAGAACCUUCUUGGCGUCAACGGUUUCUCCCUUGCUGUACUUGUGCAGCGCCUGCAGACAGAAAUCUAUCCAGCAGAAGUUCCCGUUUCUGGGAGGAUGCUUUGGGCUGCCCCAAAGGCUAUAAAAUGAGUCCUACAUGUGUAGUUAGCAUUAGCUUAUCGCCACCACACUGGACGGCUCCGGGCAGGAAAGCUUACCUUGUUCUUGCUCUCCAUGUUCUGCUUCUUGAUUCUGCAUAACUAGAAUAUUUUAUGCAGCUUUGAUUCACUUCACAACAGCCGGACCACUCCUUAAGAACGUCUGAAUUAUUUAAAUUCUUAGGAAAGCUGGAUUCUUAGGAAAGAAUUCUUUUUUUAUUUAACAGAACAGCAUUUUGUACCACAAAUUCACAUUUGCAGUCUUUCAUAAACAUAUGCAGUCAUUCCGACCAUUCUAGAUUCGUUGCUGCGUUCGCAUCCCGAAUCCUCUUGUUGAAAAGAAAUCUUGGAAAAAUUGGUGCCGCUGUCUGCCCCACUGUGCUGCAUAUUUGACCGCAACUGUAAAUACUAAACAACAAGAAAUGUGUCACAAACCUCUAAACCUAAAUCAGAGAAAUUCAUUAGAGAAAUGCAUGGCAACGUGUUUACCGCAUAGAAAAGAAAAAUACUCUUCAGCAAAUGCUGGUUACCAAGUUGCUUAGAUAAUGCAAAAUAAUGUCUCCAGUAUCACUGAUUUCUGUUUGUUUCAUACAGUGACACACUUUAGUUGGCCGUUACUAACUCUGUACUUGAGAGUCUAGCUGCUUGACUUGUAGUUUAGGUUUAGGCUGGAAAUCCCUUUGCUCACAGAAGGUCAAUAAUAACGGUCUGAAAAUGUGUACUGCAAGCACUCAUGUGUUUUCUCUGGCUUUAUAAUUUUCUAUUUUCUUUUAUUAAAGGAUCAAGCCAUGUAUGGUUAAAUUUUGGCGUUCCAUUUUGCAGCUCAACGCGCGCUGCUCGCUGCUCGUCUUGCCUUAAUGUUUUUAUCUGCUCUUUGAUUUAAAUAAAAGAUUUAAGAACUCCAAAUGUU